CCUAUUUCAUGACAAAAAAGUUAAGUUUAACUGUUGAAAUAUUUUUGAAACUUUCUAGACGCCUAGAUUGUGGCAGUUCCAACUCAAAUUUUCAGACGCUUUGUUUUCAGUCUAUUUUCUGCUUUGCCUCGAGUCAUUUUUUCGUCGCAGGAAAAAAAUUAAAUAUAUUGGGUCUAUGAAAAUGACUGGCCUGCUAAAGUGCUCUACGAUAGUCGCCAGAAAUACACAAAAUCUUUUAAAAACAUUGUCGGCGAGAUCUCUUCAUUAUACAGUCGGAAAUAAUAACGCAAAGGCCAACCCAAAUGCUAUAUCUAAUUCCUAUCAAGUAAUCGAUCAUGAAUAUGAUGCAGUCGUUGUUGGUGCCGGUGGUGCUGGAUUAAGAGCUGCAUUUGGAUUAGUUGCUGAGGGCUUUAAAACAGCUGUAGUCACAAAACUCUUUCCAACUCGUUCACAUACAGUCGCUGCUCAAGGUGGCAUCAAUGCAGCACUUGGAAAUAUGGAGAAUGAUGACUGGAAGUGGCAUAUGUAUGAUACAGUUAAGGGAAGUGAUUGGUUGGGAGAUCAAGAUGCUAUACAUUACAUGACACGAGAAGCACCAAAAGCUGUAAUUGAAUUGGAAAAUUAUGGAAUGCCUUUUUCACGAACGCCAGACGGCAAAAUUUACCAAAGAGCUUUUGGUGGACAGAGUUAUAAUUUUGGUAAAGGAGGACAGGCUCAUCGUUGUUGUUGCGUCGCUGACAGAACUGGACAUUCGUUAUUACACACACUUUAUGGGCAAUCUCUCAGUUACAACUGCAAUUACUUUAUCGAGUAUUUUGCUAUGGAUUUACUCAUGGAAAACGGCGAAUGCCGUGGCGUUGUUGCCUUGAAUUUAGAAGAUGGAACAAUUCAUCGUUUCCGAGCAAAGAAUACAGUUCUGGCAACGGGAGGAUAUGGACGAGCAUUUUUCAGUUGCACAUCAGCACAUACAUGUACUGGUGAUGGAACAGCAAUGGUGGCUCGUGCUGGACUUCCAUGUGAAGAUUUAGAGUUUGUACAGUUCCAUCCAACUGGAAUUUAUGGUGCUGGAUGUUUGAUUACUGAAGGAUGUCGCGGGGAAGGUGGUUAUUUAAUCAAUUCUCAGGGUGAACGUUUUAUGGAAAGAUAUGCUCCAGUCGCUAAAGAUCUUGCUUCACGUGACGUCGUUUCACGUUCAAUGACUAUUGAAAUUCGUGAAGGUAGAGGAUGUGGACCUGAAAAAGACCAUGUCUUCUUACAAUUACAUCAUUUGCCACCAGAGCAAUUGGCUCAACGCUUGCCAGGUAUCUCAGAAACGGCUAUGAUUUUCGCUGGAGUUGAUGUCACUCGUGAACCAAUUCCCGUCUUGCCAACUGUUCAUUAUAAUAUGGGUGGAGUUCCAACAAAUUAUCGUGGUCAAGUUCUUACAACUGAUAAGAAUGGACAGGAUGUUAUUGUUAAUGGACUUUAUGCUUGUGGAGAGGCUGCAUGCUCAUCAGUUCAUGGUGCAAAUCGUUUAGGAGCUAAUUCUCUUCUCGAUUUGGUUGUUUUUGGACGUGCUUGUGCUCAAACAAUUGCUGAAGAAAAUAAACCUGGUGAAAAGAUUCCAUCACUUCCAGAUUCCGCUGGUGAAGAGUCUGUUGCUAAUUUAGAUUGGGUACGUAAUGCUAAUGGAUCAGUUCCAACUGCCGAUUUGAGAUUAAAGAUGCAAAAAACUAUGCAAAAUCAUGCUGCCGUUUUCCGUGAAGAAAAGACACUCCAAGAAGGUGUUAAGAAAAUGUCUGGUAUUUAUAAGACAAUUAAGGAUGUUAAAGUAUCAGAUCGUUCAUUAAUUUGGAACUCUGAUUUAGUUGAGACUUUGGAAUUACAAAACUUGUUAUUGAAUGCAAAUAUGACGAUCGUUGGAGCUGAAAAUCGUAAAGAAUCACGUGGAGCACAUGCUCGUGAAGAUUACAAAAAUCGUAGCGAUGAAUAUGAUUACAGUAAGCCAAUCGAAGGGCAACAAAAGAAGCCAAUUGAAGAACAUUGGAGAAAGCACACAUUAGCAUGGAUUAACAAAGAUACUGGCGAUGUUUCUAUUGAUUAUAGACCCGUCAUUGACAAAACACUUGAUGGUGAAUGCAAUACAGUACCUCCAGCUAUUCGCUCCUAUUAAAUAAAGUAACAAUAAUAAAAUAACAUAUUAAUGUGAAACAGGAGGGUGACUUUGAGGGCCAGAAAAUAGCAAAAUUGAUGAUUGAUUGAGUCCCCUCCUGAUGUGAACUCUUUCGUCCUUCAUUAGUUUUCACAUGUACACGUACAAUUUGUAGAUUAUUUUGUUGCAAUAUUUUAUUUUGAUUUGUUACAUCGCAAUAAUGUGUCAUAAACAUAAAGAAACAAUGACACGGAGUAUUACUUUUUAAGCAAAACAUUACUUUACACCGUUGGUCGAGAGAAUUGUAGGCUGAAGAGAAAACAUUUAUAGUCAACAGAUAAAUAUGUGACAUAUUCAUAUACUUUAUUUAUUCAGCAUCGCAUCAGUUAUUGUUGAAAAAGUGCUUAAUUUAUGUUAAUCAUAUUUUCGAAUGUGCUCUAACUGAAUAGAUUGAAUUCUAUUUUAUGCUUGAUUAGUUCAUGUUUUGAUAAUUUACAUGUGUUCGUUUAUGAAUUGAAAAAAGGAAAACCAAAAUUUUAACAUUUUAAAGUUCAAAAAAAAAAUUAAUGAAAUUCCUUCUUGUCAAGUUAAAUCAAAGAAUGUCCAUAAAUUUUUUAUAUCCACCUUUAUUAUGAUUGAAAUGAUUCAUUAGAUAUAAAAACCUCUUAUCAUUAUUAUUAUAUAAAUUGAUAUUUUGAGCAUCUUUAGAAAAAAAAAUAUUAUGCGAAACCUUUUUAUAAGCAGAAAAUUAGCAAAAUUGGAUAUACAUUCGCCUAUCCAGACUUCAAUAAUAUUCAUGUACCUUACAAUGAAAGUAAAAAGUUACAAAAAAUUUAAAUUUAAAGAACAAGCAUUAUUUGUAAAUAAUUGAAGACAAAAUAGCGAAAAUAAUAAAAAGGCGCAAAGAAAAUAAACAAAAAA